AUAGCGCGCCUCAGCACAGCCUUCACGUAAACAUUAGCUUAGCUUCACCGUCAAUUAAAACUAGUUUGAAUUAAAAAGUGCAUUAAUUAAAAGCAGAGUGAUUAAUAAAUAAUUAAUGGAUAAAAGUGAAGUCAUAGAUUUCUCCGCGCUGGAGAGAGAGCUGCAUCGAGCUAUAGAAGCGGAUAGAAAAUACCAGAGAGAAAACGAUGCUAAAUUUCGAGCUAUUCACCAAAAAGUUUCCACAUAUGAGGAGUUCAGGGAUAUUGUACAGGCAUCCCACCUAAAACCUUUAGAUAAAAAAGAUAAACAUGAUGCAGCAAGGAAACAACCCUGGAAUUCAAUCGCCGCUGGAAAUAACAAGCAAAAACCGGCUACACUUCAUACAGAACAGUCUUUGCAGGGUGAGUUUGACCCGUCCACAGCUUAUGAAUUCGGCCGAGACUGGCGCAGGUUCGGCGGGAGCUCGGGUGAAAAGUACUCUCACCUGAUCAGACUGGGUGGAGAGAAGCUGCGGGACCUUUUCAGAGCUGAGGUGGGUUUCGGGCUGCUGGGCGAGUUUCUGGUCGUCCUCUCUCGGUGUCUGAAGCCGGAGGACGAGGAGGCGGUGAUGGCACUGCUGGAGGGCUUCUCACAAACCGGCCGCUUCAGCCUCAACAUCUCACUGCUGAGUAAAGAGGAGCGUGGGGCGUGUCAGCAUCUCCUCUACAGACUCCAGGAAAUACAGCAACACACAGAUAACAGGGAUCCUACUGAGGUUACAGAGAGGCUCCAGUGUUUAAUGGUGAAGUACGGGUACCGUUCAGACUCUGAUUUUUAGAAGUGACCUAGAAGAAAGUGUCUCCCAGGAACCUACGUUCUAGUAUAACCGGACCCAUUGCUACCCUGACCACGAAUGAAUGAAUAAAUAAAUGUACUUUUUUAUACCUUU